AUGUUUAUUCCGAUCAUAUUAUUUUUCCUAACACGUGAGGUUUUAUCAGCUCCUUCUUUGGAUCCCGCGUUACGCACUUGUGAACCAAUUCGCGUCGAUUUGUGCCGCGGACUCGGUUACAAUGCAACCGGAAUGCCGAAUUUUAUCGGACACGAGUUGCAAAGUGAUGCAGAUUUUACGUUAAAGACUUUUAUGCCUUUGAUACAAUACGGUUGUUCCGCUCAAUUACAAUUUUUCUUGUGUUCGGUUUACGUCCCCAUGUGUACUGAAAAAGCUUUGAAUCCUAUCGGACCGUGCAGAGGCUUAUGUGAAUCGGUGCGGGCUAGAUGUUACCCUGUUUUGCAAGGUUUUGGUUUUUCUUGGCCUGCCGCUCUCGAUUGCCAAAGAUUUCCUAACGAGAACAACCACGAGCACAUGUGCAUGGAAGGCCCCGGAGAAGACAUAAGUGACACCAGUCCUCCGGUUGUACGACCUCCGCCCAUAAUUGGCAUUCCAUGUCAACGCAUGGCAAAUCCUCAACUCUAUUCAUACGUCAACCGAAGUGGACGAUGUGCUCCUCUUUGUGGAGCCGAUGUGUUAUUCGAAGAUCCCGAUAAAAGACUGGCUGAAGUCUGGUCUUCCGCCUGGGGUGCCAUCGGACUUGCAGCCAGCAUAGUUGCCCUUUUGGUGGUAGUGGCUGCUCCUUCAGGGGGUGCCGUUCCUAGUUUGUGGCCGUUGUGUUUGUGUCAUGCAGCUACUGCUUUCGGCUGGGGUGUCAGGGCAUUGGUUGGAAGGAAUCUGGUGUCUUGCGGACGUGACUUGCAGGCUCCCAAUGUCAGCUUGCUGUUAAGUGAUGGAUUGAGCAAUGCUAACUGCACAGUCGUUUUCCUGUUGAUGUACUACUUCACAAUUGCUGCUGCUGUAUGGUAA